ACUUCAAUUUGAAGGGAAACAAUAGAAUUGUUAGAAAGUGGACAAACCGGUAUAAGGCCAUUAUGGGGGACGGUGGGUGGGCAGUAAGGGGCCCCGAAAGCCGUAAUUAAUUACGUUAAAAAAUAUUAUUUGAUAUUUAGCAAUUUUUUAAAAUCUUUUUAAAAUAAAUGUUAACAAGUAUUUACCUACAACACGUUCAAAAACCCAAAGGGGCCUAACCGGAUUGCCGACAUGCCGCUAUGUCCUACGCUGCUCCGUGUGACGCACAGAAAUGCCGGGAGCUGCGUGUUGCUAUUGGAAACGGCGGUAGCUACCGCCGGAGGAUUGAGCAUGUCAACGUCUUCAAGCACUUCAGGAUUGAAGAAUGGAAGAAGUCAACAAAGGAGGGAGACGUGACAACAUUUUUGGACAAGACCCUGAAGUGUACGGUGUAUCGGAUUCGAGGACCUGUGCCUGCAAGUAACUACAUCCGUCUGCCUAAAACAAGCACACAGUCCCUGGCUUGA